GCGCUUUCCCCACCAAAGCCCUGAGAGGCGGAAGAAGCAGAGCUCAGCAUCUGGCUGAUGUUCAAGCGCUCACCCAGCAGGCUUCAGGCAGCUUUGGGUCAUUUUGAGCCCAUUCUGCCUGAAACUGAAUGCCGGGGCAAGGUCGGGUCACCACCUGCGGACCGGGGGCGGGGCGGGCCACACACGCUGAGGGACGUGGAGGCCGGGGGGAGAGCUAGGAGUUAGAAAAAAUGUGACCUUGCGACCCCAAACGCCGCUAGGCUCCCUCUCCUGCGCUCCACCUGCUCGUCAGCGCCCAGCUGCCAGCCGGCCAUGGCCAGCCCUGCGCCCUUAGUGGCUUCCAUCAGCCACCAAAUGGUGGCUCUGCAGACCCUGCAGCUGCUACAGCAGGAGUGGGGCUGGGGCGACGGUCCUAGCGCCCCCGGAAGCCCGCGCGGUCAGGACCACGUGCCCGUCGCCCAAGCUCGUCGCUCAGGCCAGAUGCGGACCCGGCGGGGGCUGGGACGCGGGGGCGCGGGAGCGCGGAGCUCCCCCGAAGCAGGCGGGCUGCGAGGCGCAGAGGGGGGCGCGGAGCUGCUGCCCUUCCCCCGGGACCGCGGGCCCUGCACCUUGGCGCGGAUGGCGAUGCGCAGCGCUCUGGCCCGAGUGGUGGACUCGACCUCGGAGCUGGUCAGCGUGGAGCAGACUCUGCUUGGGCCUCUCCAGCAAGAGCGGCCCUUCCCCAUCCACCUGAAGGACAGUGUUGAGUUUAGAAACAUCUGCAGUCACCUGGCUCUGCAGAUUGAAGGACAGCAGUUCGACAGAGACUUGAAUGCCGCCCACCAGUGCCUGAAGACCAUAGUCAAGAAGUUGAUCCAGUCACUUGCUAAUCUCCCAUCGGAUGCCCAUGUGGUGGCCUGUGCUUCCUUGAGACAGAUCUUACAGAAUCUCCCAGAUGUAUGAGCGUGAGAGACAGCCAGACUGCAGCUGGCCCUGCUGAGAAAACUGGAUCCUUCACCUUCCUAAAGAACUAGCAGUGAUGGGUGUUCAUGUUCCCAAAAGGACUUGAUAGUUCAUGACUACGUCUGCCCAAGAGCGCCUGGAGCCUUCAGCGUUGUAGCAUGCGAGUGCACAUAUUUUUAAAGUUGUAGUGUAUAUUUUUUAAGUGUGUUAACUUACUGCUGAUUUUAUGACUGAAAUAUGUUUCUCUUUGUGGAGCUAAUUGGAUUGUAUAUAUGUAUAUAUUUAUUAACCAUAUUAAGCAUUGGUUUUGACUGAAUGAUAUUUGAAUCUAUAUUUGUAUUAUUGUGGGCUCUCAGGCUUAAUAUAGACUUGUAUAGUAGAAGGA